AUGGACUCAAUCUCAAGGUCGAUCAGGGACUCCAGGCCAGAGAACCUUUCCAGCAAGACCAUGCUGCAUUCCUUGACGUUCAAAGUGCGAAGAGUAGGGAAGGUCAGCGGAGAGACUUCAGCCACCUUCCCGCAACUGGUAAUCGAGAGGCGUUGCACAUUAGGGAACUCAAUGUUUCCGCACGAGCUGCCAGUGGGGCCGGUCCAUUUUUGCCACUCGGGCAUAUGGUCGAAUUUAAGAUUCUUGAGCUUUGGGAAUGGGGUUACAAUGGUGCUUGAGCUCGGGAAGCUGCCCAAGAGGCGGCAGAGACGAGCACUCCGAGCAGUUGACGAUGCUUAUGCUCGACAAUUUAUGAAAGGCGGGAUCACCGAUCCAGCUCGGAAAGUUAGAUCCCCUGUAGAACUCGAUCCUGAGGCUUUUUAG